AUGCGCAGGGCAAGGAGGCGUCCCUCAGAUGAUGCGCCACCAACACCUUCUCUGACAGCGCAACAUCCGGCCGCCGCUGCCGCUGCAUCGUGUGCAAUGCGCUUUGGCCAAAUCCCAUCUCGGGACCCGAGAGGCCCAUACAAUCAGCUCGACGGUCCGGCGAGCUUCACUGGCCCUCAACAACAACCCCAGGCAGGUCAUUACAGCAGCGGCGAGAACCCCUCCAUGGGUCAGCAAUGUUCAACAUCAUCUGCCGCCGCAACACCCCAUCAGUCCACACUGGUCUUCUGUCGACCAGCUGUAGUCGAUGACAUCGGACCCGCCGCUGCCAUAUCGCCAAUACAGGAACCCAAUGGGAUUGACGGACGAAACAGUUCAGUGCCUUCUUCGUUUCGACAAGUGCACAAAGCCAAGUCAAUGUGGAUGAGACCAGGCACUGGUGAUCAUCAGCCACGAACUAUUACACGCUCCAAGUCCUUCCGCCAAUGGAACCCUCGAUCCACACAAAAGGACCAGUAUUCGGGAAGAAAUGAUGCAGCACUUCAGCUGGCUCGUAGCCAAUUUGAAGGUAGCCAAGUUGAACGUAGCGCGUCUUCCUCGGAUUGUGAUAACGACGACAAGGGCCGCCUCCGAUCUUACAUGUCGACCUUCUCACUCAGACGCAGAGAGCACAAGCCAUUUCCUAAAAGCCUGCGCCAACCGAGUGAGGGUACUGCCAGUCCCUCGACCCCCGCUGACCGAAGCCUCGGGCGACCUCAUAAGCAUCGGUCUUUGUCUAAUUCAAUAAAGAGUGGAUUCAAACGAGUGUUCGGGCGAUCGAAGCACACUGAUGCCACUGCGCAGCCAUCACCACAGUCAGGCAGCUCAUAUGGCGUCGAGCCGGUCGUGACAACCCCGUCCACGAGAGACGUGGAAGGUGUCCCUGCUGGGAAUAGUCGGAAGGCACCCCCUCCUCCCCGACCUCUUGUUCGGUCAUCGACCAUGGAUAGUCUCUGUGAUUCCGAGUCUCGCGUCACUAGCAGUGCCUCUCCUGGGGAUCGGGGCCCUUCCGAGUAUCCCCGGCGUCUUGCUCGGUCAGCGACCAUGGAUAGUCUCCGUGAUUCCGAGUCGCGCGUGACUAGCUGGGCCGAUUCAAGCUUGACAAACACAGUCACUUCCCGCAAGCCGGAGCAUGGCAGAUUGCUUCCUUCAAUCGAAGAGGACGGAAAACUCGAUAAGCUACUGCCACCGACACCCUCACGCGUAGUAAGCGGUACACAGAAUCAACUUCCUUCUGUCCCAUUGUCAAAUCGCAAUCUGGAGAUUGACUGUCAGGACCUGUGCUCUGCGAUACAGCAGGAAAUCAACCGAAACCAGCGGUCCCGGUCCAACGAGGCUCCGAUUUUUGGUAGGGUUCCAGAGCGUCGUGUGGCGCCACAGAUGCCAGCUUCAGCAUAUUCCCAGUAUGGCGGAGGCACUGUUCGUCAUGUUCUCAGUCAAGAAGCAUUAGUCUCGCCGUUUGAAACCAACGAGGCUCCGAUUUUCGGUAGGAUUCCACAGCGUCGUGUGGUACCAGAGAUGCCAGACUCGGAACACUCUCAAUAUAGCAGACGCACUCUUCGUCGCGUUCCCAGCCAAGAAGCAUCAAUCUCGCCCGAUUCAUUCGCCACAGCGCGUGGGGAGCAGUCAAGUCCCCGAAAGUGUCAUCUGCGCCCGGCCAAACCCUUGAAGCUUCAUCCCAGCGAGUCGUCUCCGCCGAGAGCUCCACAAGAGGAGACUGACACUCUCAUGGGUCCCCGUCUUCAGGACGCGACAAGGAAUAUCGAUUCUCCAGGCCUUGGUUCUGGGAUCAGGAGUGUCAAUCCUUCGCCGAGUGUUAACAUUGUUGAUGAUGCUAUCGGUAUCCUCAUCAGUCGUCGACAUGGUCAGCAAGAGUCGAGAAGUAGGAUCGCUCAAUUGGUUUCUUAUCCCAGAGACAGCAAUGGCCGUGUUCUGUCGGGAGAUGAGACGGGGGUUAGAGACAUUCGUAACGCUUUUCCUGUUCGAAGGAUGGAGUGGGAUUAUUCACCGAGUAUUUAUUCCCGAACAAGCAGUGGCAUCACCCUGCCGAGACCGGAUGUGGACAGUGUCGGCAGGUCUCACGAUGAAUCAGGGAUGGCAACCAUAUUUACCCAGCAGCGGAUGUCCGUGUCACCCAGACAUGCCCCUCCGGAUUCUACCUCUGAAGAUUUUUCAAAAACCAGUGCAGACUGGCAUCGAUGGUUGAACUCGGAGGUCGGGAAGCUUGGGCAGACCAAGCCCCCAAGGGAGCAUAUCAGGGAAUAUGAACAAUUCCAAGAUGAGGAUGAGGAGCAGUUCCAAAAUGAGAAUGAAGAGUUCCAAGAGGAGGAUGAGCCGUUGACAAACGUUGCGCGAGACGACGAUGUCAUCGCACCAGGCAACGAAGUGAUCUCCAUGACUCUUACCCCGGCUGAGACUUCCAGCUUCACACCUCCGGCUCAUGUCCAUACUGAACAGCGGAGUUCGACACGCAAUUUCUCUUGGCUUGUCUGGCGCCCUUCAUCCGACAUGUCUGAGCAGCAAGAUUUGCCGGAAAACACGAUGGGUGAUGCCCACACACCCACCAGUGCUUCCGCCAUGCAUCCUGCGACAGAUUCCGCGACAAAUCCCGGGACACAUCCAGAUGGCUCUACUUCUCCUGCGUCCAAUGACUACGCUUCUCCGACAUCCGCCAACUACGCUUCUCCCGCAUCCGGUGACCCCAUUUCUCCUUCGUCUGUCCUCCGUACUCGCGUGCAUAACCAAUCUGUAAUGGGGCGGGAAUCUCAACCCCUGCAGCCUCCCGAUACACCAACGCCCAAGGCUGCUGACAGAAAGCGGGUUUUCGCAGCAUCACAGCGGAACCAGUAUGCAGUUCGGCGGGCUGCCAUUGCCAAACACCAGCGCAGGCAACAAGAGCAAGCUGUGAACAAUGAAAACUACCGCGAUCAGCCGGACGAGUCCACAGGACUAGGAGUGAUUGACCGCUACCUGGAGAUUCGUGAAAGGUGCGAGCAGGUAGCCAACCCCAAGGAGAACAUGGGCACGGCCUUUCCCAACUCCAAGAUGAUGGUUGAAGAAUUUUUGAAGCGUCCCCGGGGGCCACAGAAUCCCCCCAAUGAUGAUGAUGAUACGGAGAUGGGAGGGUUCCUGUGA